ACCGCCCCCUCACCAGCCCCUAGCCAGUCCUUGACCCUCUGCAUUCAGGAGGGGAGAGAAGACCGCGGUGCCGUGAGGCUCAAAGGGUUAAUAAUUAACCCUAAAGCCCCCUCACCUGUGUCCUUUGCCCCAAGGGGCAGCUAUCCAUGGGUGAGGGACUGGAUAAAGGGGAUUUGGGGGAUUGGGUGACAGUGACAAGUCUCUGCAUUUCUCUUCCCUCUAGGACCAGCUGGGUCUUGGGAAGAAAGGCUGGGGUCAGAGCCAGCUCCUCCACUAAGCAGUGCAUAGGCUCUAAAUUAACUCUGAGCCCAGUUCCCUCCACUGUAAAUUGAGGAUAAUAGUUGGUACCUCAAAGGCCUCAUGUGAGGAUUAAAUGAUAAUGUAUGUGAAAACACUGUAAAUGGAAAAAGCUUACCACAAAUCUUUUCUAUUAAGUUCAAGCGCUGGGCACCUGGGAUCCAGAAACACCCACUUGUAAAUGCCCUGUCCUAUGCCUGGAGGACCUUGUCUUCGUCUGAAUACAUGACCUUUCAAAUAUUUACUUUAGGUUUUAUCCUUUUACACCUUUGUGCUUAUUUUUUUUUUUUAACUCCAGAUUCGUUCAUUGAACCAAAAUUUAUUAACUACUUCCACAUGUCAAGUUCUGUCCUAGGCUUCAGGAGCACAAAAGCGCCUUCACAGAGCUCAAGGUCCGUUGGGGGAGAAUUUACUUAUUUGUCUUCCCCUCUGGAAUGUGAGCCCUGACAAAGACAAGAGCCUUGUUUUUCUUGAUUGCUGCUUUAUUUUUAGCUCUUAGAAUAUUGCCUGGACCAAAGUACAUUAUUACUGAAUAAAUAUUUAUUGAAUAAAUGAUCGAAGGUAUAUGAGAGGCAGACAAGUAGGCGGUGGUGCCCCCUUACAAAUUUGAGCCAGAUUUUUUUUUUUUUUAAAGGCAAAUUAGGAGUCCACCUGGUGGUCAAGGCGGGAAAGGCAUUCCUGGAGAGGAUAACAGAACAGGAGCAGGACCCGUCCCGUGUCCAUAAUUUUUUAGGAUUAUUCCUGUCUCUCUGUCGGGAGGAGGGGCUGUCCCAGAUUCUGAAAGAGCCAGGAUUCCAGUAUCUAAGAACACCCUUCCAGUUGGACAAUUGGUGGAUUCUUGCCUCUCACUUUGAUGUCCCUCACCCAUCCUGUCCCUGGCCAGAUUCCUGUACCGUCACUACCAUGCCUAGCCCUGGUCUCCACUCUCCCAGUGUUGGAAUGUUGCCCCGCUUGCUGGCUGUGACCUUAGGCAAGUUGCUUGUCAUUUUGGAGCUCCAGUUCUCUCUUCUGCAAAAUAAGAAGGGUAAUUCCCACCUCCUAAAAUUGCUGUGGAGAUUAAACAAAAUAAGCCUGCAAAGUGCUGAACACGAUUGGUGGCCUACGGUAAACGUUUAGUAGGUGGUGGUACUUUUAACCCGCCAGCUUGCCCUGUCCCUCCUCCUUUGGCGCCGGAAGCCUCGACUUCUUGGAGCAGAGAAUCAAGUCUGCAGGAUUCCGGGAGCGGAUUAGUUUUGGAUGUCACUUAAUCCAGGCGGCCCUUCCGGAAUCGGAGCCGUUGUGGGGGCAGGGGGUGGUAGAAACUCGCAUGAGGAGCCAGGCUCACAGAGGCUGCAGGAUGAAGCGGGGCGGGGGGGCCAAGCUGCUGCUGCUGCUGUUGUGGGCAACGCGCUGCGGACCAACAGGAGCAGGUGGGCCGAGUGGCUUCAAGUCGGUCAUCGAGGUAACUAACGGGGGGCCCUGGGGCGACUGGGCCUGGCCGGAGAUGUGUCCUGACGGAUUCUUCGCCAACGGAUUCUCGCUCAAGGUGGGGACUCAGGCCUGGGUCCCGGAGGGGCGGAGACGUGCGGGACCCCAGAACCUAGGAUGGCAGUUCUCUGAUUCGUCCAUGCCCGUCUUCUCCCAGGUGGAGCCUCCCCAAGGCAUUGCUGGCGACGACACGGCUCUGAAUGGGAUCCGACUACACUGCGCUGGGGGGAACACGGAGUGCAACACGCACGUGGUGGAGUCCCAGUCUGGAAGGUGGGGCACUUGGAGUGAGCCGCAGUGGUGCCCCGGCGGCGGCUUCCUCGUGGCUUUCUCGCUUCGCGUGGAGGCAUCUGUGACCCCCGCCGACAACACGGCUGCGAACAACGUGUUCUUCCGCUGCUCCGACGGCGCGGAGUUGCAGGGGCCUGGCCUGACCUGGGGAGAGUUUGGAGACUGGAGCGACCCGUGCCCCAAAGGCGUGUGCGGCUUGCAGACCAAGAUCCAACUGCCUAGAGGCCUUGGCGAUGACACGGCGCUGAACGACCUGCGCUUAUUCUGCUGCAGCAGCUGACACUGUCGCCGCCCUCUUCCCGGCUCCGGCUCCGAGGCUUGUCUCACCUCACUUUAUUAAAGCUUGUCCAUCUUGGCUUUGGUCUCGCUUGUUUUAGAGGUGGGAUACUCCGCCCCCUUAUCUCCCUCCUGACCUAGCAUUGGGCCAGGCCCUCAUUCGGGUUUGGUCUCGGGCUUCUGUGGCAGGCUGCUGAAAGUUAAAGAUCCAGAUAACCCAGAAUAACGCACUUAAACACACCAUUUUGCAUACAGGUUAAGGAGGGCCUCUGCACACACCCGCCCCUCACCUCGAGAGCCCAGGUUGUCCCCUUAUCUGAACCACCAGUGACCCCAAAUUAGGAGGAAACAAAGCUAUAAUGGCCUUAAGCCUUCAUUUUCUAGAGUUUAAGAAGU